AUCCAACAACCCCACGAUCCUAUUCCACCAUGGCCGACCUAUACAACCUGCUCGACGAGCUGGAAGAGAACGAAGCCUUCGACGACGAUGCGAAGCGAGACCCGAGGCGGCUGACCGUCGAAACCGCCGCGACGGAUGGACUGAGCGACGACGACGACGACAACGACGACUACGAGGAGUUCGAUGCCCCGACGCCCCGGGUCCCCGCCGCGCUGCUGGACAGGGACGAAGACGAGGACGAGAGCGGGGAUCCGUUCUACCCCGCAAAGCCACGGGCCGAUGCCUUUUCGAAGGCCGGGCUCGACCUCCACGACGACCUCGACGAGACCCACAAGCAAGAGCAGCACGGCGUCCCGAACGAGCUCUACGAGAAGCUCCACCGGCACUGGCUCCAGGAACGCCACUGCCCCGAGCUGCUCGGGUACGACGAGGCCAUGGUCGGGGAGCUCCGGGAAAGGUUCGAAGACCGGCAGCAGCAGGCCGACGACCUGGUCGACAGCCAGGAUCCGGUGGAGGUGCUCAUGGCCAACCUGGCCCAGCAGGACCUCGACCGGGCGAGGUUCGUCCUGAGCGACUGGCUCACGCACCGGCUGCACAAGAUCGAGAGCCACCCGCUGCACAUGCGGGAAAAGAUCGAGCGGAUGAGCCAGAACGAGAUCGACUACCUCGCGGCCUACGGGGCGAUGGUGCACCACCACCUGGAGCAGGCGGUCACCCGCUCGAUCCCGCACGCCUGGAACCAGCUCGACGAUCCGGGGAUGAUCGACCAGCCGGACUACGAGGGGUACCACUUCUGGCUGGUCAGGGAGGCGAUCGUGGACCGGGACGAAAACGAGCACGAACCGGGGAGCUGCCUCGUGGCAAAGUACCUGGACAUGAAGGAAAACAUGAACGGGAACAAGGUGGAACUGCUCGUUUGAGAGCGGGCGGGCAGCGCGCGAUUGGCCGAGCAACGACCAAAGGAACGGGCCGUUCCGUUCGGUUUCUAUCUAUGGAGGGUGCGGUGCGGUGCGUCUGGUCGUUUCGCACGCGAGUGCGCCGUGCCAUGGUUUGUUCGGCAUGGUUGGUUCGGCACGCACGAGCCGCAAUGUUUGGCGAGCCCGAACACGCGACCGCGGGUGGUGCAACGGAUGGUUCUGGGUUUGGUUUGCUCCUCGGACGAGGCGAAUCGAAUCGUUGUGCUCUGGGUGGCUGGCGAGUGCCGCAUCGAAACGAAACGAAACGAAACGAAACGAAACGAAACCAAACCAAACCAAACCAAACGAAACGAAACCAAACCAAACCCGUGCGGGGCAGAUCCAAGCGGGGAAGGCCGGUAGCACCCGCACGGAAUGGCGACACUCGAGCUAGCUACCGAUCGCGACCGUCCUUUGUUUUGUUCCGAUGCCUGCUCGAUGCGACAAGGAGCAGUUUUUGUGGUGGGGAAGAACGUCUUUGUGGCACACGCAUCCAAUCGCCGAUGAUCCGAAUCGACACGCUCACUCCAAACCCGACU